GCGUGGCUAACGUAGUGAUUAUAUGCUCUUUGGCGUGGCUUGAAGGCACUAAAAGGAAGAUGAGUAGCUUAAACUCAGAGGACCAAUCAUGGAUUGCGUGGUUUUGCGGUUUACGAGGGAACGAGUUCUUUUGCGAGGUGGACGAGAGCUACAUCAACGACAAGUUCAACCUGGUAGGGCUCAAUGAGCUGGUGCCGAACUACAGGAAAGCGUUGGACAUGAUACUAGAGCUCGAGCAGCCGGAUGAUGACCGGGACGACGAUCUGAAUAACCUACCUAUAGAGAAAAUGUCGGAGGCGCAGGUGCUCUACGGACUCAUACACGCGCGAUACAUAUUAACCAACAGGGGCAUAGGACAAAUGUUACAUAAAUAUGAAGCCGCCGAAUUCGGCCGCUGCCCGCGAGUCUACUGCGAGUCCCAGCCAACGUUGCCACUUGGUUUAUCAGACACCCGCGGCGAGGCGAUGGUGAAGGUGUACUGCCCCAAAUGUAUGGACGUGUACACGCCGAAGUCGUCGCGCCACCACCACACCGACGGCGCUUACUUCGGCACAGGGUUCCCGCACAUGGUGUUCAUGGUGCACCCCGAGCUCCGGCCCAAGCGGCCCACCAUGCAGUACGUGCCGAGAAUAAACGGCUUCAAGAUCCACCCCCUAGCUUACCAGUUCCAACUGCAAGCGUCGAGCACGUUCCAGAUGCCAUCUAAUUGCCCGUACUAAUAAUGCGGUCGAGCGAGGCCGUACAAUCUGUCGAAGAAAAAAAUACGCCUCGCGCUGGCCGUCGUCGCAGCAAGUCUGGCCGAAGUAGGACACUACGAGUGAACCUCUAACUCUGUCUCUUUUAUCUGUUUUAUACAUCGAAGGUGUUAGGUCCAUACAGAACGAGCCGAGAACGGAGGAAAUUGCUGCGCGAUUUGGGAGGACUUGCCUCGCUUUUCUUUGUUUCGAGCAACGAGCGAGGCAUGUCUUGGUAGACCGCGCGGCAAAGUGUUGAUUAAUGGUAUCAGUCGAUCAAGUUUGUUGUGAGUAUCACAUGUAUAGUAUUUACACACGGUGGCUAAAAAAUAAGUGCAUUCCCGUUGCCAGGGUGGUUUUGGGAUUACACUGAGCAACUUUUGCUAUGGGACCAACACCGAAAUCGCGAAAAAAAAUUUGGCUGUUUACAUUUUGGCUGGCCCUUUUUCUAUGGGAGGGUAAAAAAAUUUUUCGCGAUUUCCUGGUUGGUCCCAUGACCUGACUACAAAACCUCAAAUGGCGACUGAUUUAUUUAAAUGUUUUGUUAGGUACAUAUUUUAAAUAUCUUUAAAUUUGUUAAUUGUUGAAAAAAUAUAUAUACGCAUGAUGAAUGCAUUAAAAAACCUUAGAAAUAAAGACUGUAUCGUUUAUUAUAUAUACGGAUAAAACAUGAUCUUACUGUUGAUAUGUGUAUUAUUUUGUAUUGCUAUGUUCUAAGGGUAUGAUCUAAGGGUAUUUUUUAGCCAUAUCUGAUAUAAGAAGGAUUAAAUUUUUCUUAAUUUUAGGGACUUUAUAAUGCUUUCAAUACGUCUAGCAAAUACAUUUCGGACAAGCCUAUCGAGCUUAAUUUGAGACUAUAUAUUUCACUGACUCGAGUCGAGCUUCCAGGACGAAAUGUGUACUGUGGUUACCAGUACCAUUUGACACUGGGUUAACUGUUUCGGUUGACCCCGGGUUAGUGGGGUGCAAGUGACGCUAAGUAAAGUUGUAUUUAUAGUAAACGAUACAGUCCUUAUACUCUCGAAUUUGGUCAAAAUGUUUUCAAUAGUUAGUGAUCGUUGAUCGCUAUACUAUUAAUUUAAAAUGUUAUUUUAUUAUACAGGGUGCUUUUUUGGAAUGGCAUUGUAUCUCAUGGGGCAUACGUCUAUCUUAUACUGUUUAAAUAAAUAAAAAUAUCUUCAUGGGUCAAUACCGUGGCUGUGACUUUGCUUACCCUGUAUAAUAUUCUAGUUUGCUUCUAGGAAAUGUAUCUAGAUUAUUUUAUAUGUAUAACAUAGAUUGCCUAGCUUGCUAAAUACUCACUACUUAAUUAGUACUUGUAGAUUAUUUAUUACAUUGUAGUCCGAUGGUUCAUAUUUUUGUGAAAAAUACAUAAGGGUCUCCGGCAAGCUCGAUUCUCCAUACAAACGUAGUUCCGCUCUCAUUUUAAAACGACUAGCUAGAUUGAUCUGAAACUUUGUACUUACAAUAGAAUAAGGUAUAUCUAUGUCUGUAAUUAGUUUAUGUAGGUUUAGUUAAAAAAAUUCAGCGAAUUUAAGUUUUUCGUACUAGACUUGUUAUUGCUAUAUUUCAUUUGUUUUAUAAACUGGAGCUAUAUAAACUAAUUACAGACCUAGAUAUACCUAAUGUCAUUGUAUGUGCAAAGUUUCAUUACAAUCCAACACGUAGUUUUAAAAUGAGAGCGGAACUACGUUUGUAUGAAAAGGUGCAAUUCGGCCGAGCUUGCCGAAUACUCAUAAGUUAGCUACACACCUACAGUCGAGUUCAUAAAUAUGUAUACAUUUUUUCACCUCAAUCUAUUGCGAUAAGGUGAUUGUUAUUUGUUUUACAAGGGGGCAAAGUUGUUGUUUAACUUCACGUUCUAAUAUUGACACCCCCAGGUAGCAAAGUGACGUCGCUGACGUCAUAAUGAAGUAUAAAUGCUACUUGCGGAGCCUUUAUGAUGCUAUUUUUAAAUAAUUAUGUGUAACGUAGCUUAAAAGUUUUCAAUAUUCCUAACAAAAUUUUGUUUGGUUUGAAUUUGACAUUGCUCAAUAAUCAGCAAAAUUCAAUGUAUGAAAAUCACAGUUUUCAUAAAAUGCUCCAUACAAAACGCCAAUUUCACAGUAAAGUACCUUUAAUAAUCUGAUUAGUGUUUCGUGUGUAGCACUUAAUUGUUAAUGUAUAAUUGUACUAAGCUCUAGUGAAUAAAAGAAUAUAAAAAAAGGCCAAAACACUUAGUGAGAGGAAUAAUCAGGGUCAAAGAAAUUUAUGUAUCGUAUUAAUUAAGUCAAAUUAGUGGUUAGUCUGCACCCGUUUCUUUAUCUUUAUACAACGUGUAAUGUAAAAGGGCUCACUGACUAUCAGUCCGCCGGACGAUAUCGACCUGUCAGUUGUUCGGCACUGUCAAAUUUUUGUUCUAACUGACAGGCCGAUAUCGUCCGGCGGACUAAUAGUCAGUGGGCCCCUUUACAACUAUAUUUUCCAACAGGCCAUUAGCGUUACGUGUUGUAAAUUAGUGGCAUUAUUAAUAAUCUGUAAUUUAGACUUAUGUAUUUGUAAGAAAGGGAUAAAACAUAAUUUAACUAAAUCAGGUUUUAUAAAUAAGGGGGUAGAUCCAUAAGGUCGAUACGGGUAUUUGUAAGAAAGGGAUAAAACAUAAUUUAACUAAAUCAGGUUUUAUAAAUAAGGGGGAGAUCCAUAAGGUCGAUACGGGUAAGUGUAGCUGGCCUUGUUACCGGGGCCUGUUUAAACACUAACCCUUUUCCAAAAUCAAAAUGUAUUCCAAUUAAUCCAGCUUUGAUGAUUUAUUAGAAGACAAAUCAUAUUUACCGAAAGUGCAAUCUAAUUUGAACUUUAAAUCGUAAUGCUGAAGUUGAAAUUCUAUUGGCGCGUAUGUGGUCGAUAAAUAAAUCUUACUGUGCCUGGAAAAGGAUUAUAGAACGUAUCAUCAUUGUCCGCCGGCCUAUUGAUGCAACGGAUAUCCGGUCAUUAUCCGGUAACCGGACUAUCCGGUCAUAUUUUUACUAUCCGGUUGGAUACCGAAUAGUUGCGUAGUAUCCGGCCGGAUACCUGAUAGUAAUUAAGCACGAUAUUUAUGAAUAACAUAUGCACUAAACACUCGAAACAUUAUAUAAAUAACGGAACAAAGUUAACUAUCUAAGCACUUGCAACGAAAACAUUGAAAUACGUACAACGAAAACUGUAACGUGCCGCUAUUCAAUACGCACUGUGUGAGAAUUUAGUAAUUUAGUUUACUUUUCUAUCAACGAAUGCCUUAUAACAAGAAACAAGUUUCAACCGGCACCAAACUAUGCGCACGCGCGCUAUCUAAUUUUCUCUAAUUCGGCGGGCCCGCCGGCCGGAUAUCCGGUAUUUGACCAAACCACAAUCCGUUGUAUCUCUACUUGUAACCAAUAAGUAUGCCUUCACUGUGAACUUGACUUUCUAAGUUGGAACGAUCUGAUUUGUUAUGGCUAGGCCGGUGGACAAUUAUAUGUUUACUGCAUUUUUACGCGAACGAACUCUAAGGGUUUCCCGACAUAUGUCGACGCGGAAUCGGCAAAAUCCGAUAGAAAAA